AUGGCCGGCGGAAAAGGAAAAUCUUCUGGUGGAAAGUCAUCUGGAGGCAAGGUCGGCGCAGAUGGAAACAAGAAGCAACAAAGUCAUUCAAGCAAAGCUGGUCUUCAGUUUCCUUGCGGUCGUGUCAAGCGUUUUUUGAAGAACAAUACCCAAAAUAAGAUGCGCGUGGGAGCAAAGGCCGCAGUCUAUGUCACGGCUGUUCUGGAAUAUCUUACUGCUGAAGUUCUUGAGCUCGCAGGAAAUGCUGCCAAGGAUCUCAAAGUAAAGCGUAUCACGCCCCGCCAUCUACAACUUGCCAUUCGUGGCGACGAAGAACUCGAUACCCUCAUUCGCGCGACCAUCGCCUUCGGAGGGGUGCUACCACACAUUAACCGCGCGUUACUUUUGAAGGUAGAGCAGAAGAAGAAGAAGACCGCCGAGUCCGCAUGA